UAAAGGUCGUUAGCAGUGAUGUCAUCACCACUGAGGUGUCUGACCCCGGAAGUAAAAGCUCGUUUUUGUUGCCUUCAGAUUAGCUUGUUUGCUGUUUUAGCAACUAAUAAAAUUGGUUUUGCUGCCACUCUUCACACAUGGACGACAUGUACGUCAAACCCGGCAACCAGGAACGAGGAUGGAAUGAUCCUCCUCAGUUCUCUUACGGCUUCCAGAUGACCCGCGGACCACAGAGGAACCUUCUGAACAAGAGGCCAGCGGUGCCUGAUGUGGCAGCCCCACCCAAGACACCUCAGUCCAGCCCUCCAAGUGCACCCCCUUGUGGUGUAGCCCCACCUCCAGCAGCCCGCCUCACUGGCUGGAUGGCCACGCCUUCUGCUGCUGUAGGGCCAGUGAGCAUUCAGGCUGACGAUGACAGCGGACAAGCAGAGAAUGAGCCUGACCUGGAGGGCGUGGUCGGGGUUCUAGAGCAAGCGCUGGCCGCGUGCAGACAUGAAGUCACACCUCAGGUGUGCAGUGACAUGGAAAAGAGACUCCGCCUCUUUCAGGACAGUUGGACAUCCGCUCGACUGAGUCCUGCUGUGAGGAGACGCAUGAGGACAUUGUCUCAAGAGCUACAGGCUGGUAGGUGGGACCAGGCCGAUGAGAUCCAUCGAUCCCUGAUGGUGGAUCAUGUGACCGAGGUCAGCCAGUGGAUGGUUGGUGUGAAACGACUCAUUGCUGAGACCAGAAAGCUUAAUCCAGAACUCUUAGACUUUCUUAAGAACUCUGAAGGACCAGUGCAGGACUCUUCACACAGAACCCAGGACUCCCCGGAUCUGGAUCCAGAAUGAUUUUUUGCAUUUGUGAUGUUGUAGCUCUUGGAUUGUUUGAAAAGUAAAGCAGCAGGUGCUGGUUGCCAUGGCAACAGGAAGUGAAAGGUUGGUUUUAAAGUUGUUCAAACUUGUCAAACACUAAAAGGACAUUUGACAAAAUAAAAACGUCUUCAUGCUUAUAAGGAGAAAAACGAAGU